CCUGGCCGAAAUCGAAAGCGCUUUUUGGGCGACCGAGGCAACCGCCAUGUUUGCCGUUCCGUGCGUGGAACUUUGUCUGUGGUGCGAAUAACUUAAGAGGAAGCGCGCUGCGCUUCUUGUAAGCUAUUCCUCCUGGACAAAUCACUCAGCGUCGCCAGAGCAUCCCAGCCAAGGCCAGCUUGCAUCACAGCGUCCGUCGGUUUGAAGCCAGAGACCUCGCUCCGGCGUGCAGCGCGUCUCUUGUUUUUGCUUACAUUUACUAGUUCUUCGAAGCAUCAUCGACGAAGUUUUGAGGAAGACUGGACUGGAAACUACGUUUCCCCCACUGCCAGUGGUUUUGCAUAAUCCGUGCUGGAAGUGACGUGUGUCGAUCGUGUGCUCGUAAGCAAGCUUGCUGUGGGCAACACUACUGUGCGAACGGCAACGGCUCGCUGUUCGCGAAGUCGCCUGCUCGAGUGUGUCGCGGUGGUUAUGAACGCCUCAAAGGCCGCGACCGCGAGCGCUUGAGCGAUGGAUCCCGAGUACGAACGACGGCUUCUGGGUCAGCGCAGCAACAGUUACGCGUCGCCUGCGAGUCCACUGGGUGACCGCUUUAUUCCAAGCCGGGCGGGAGCGAACUGGCAGUUGGGGCUUGCAAGGAUUCCCGACAGCGCCCAGCGAAGUGUCCUACCAAAGGCCAAGGACACCAGUGAUGGCUCCAAGGACAGCCUGGCCUAUGCCUGCCUGAUCAAAAAUGAGCUACUGGGAGCCGGUAUAGAAGAUGCUAAGGAACCGACGGAGGAGCGCCGUGUGUCGCAGGGGCAGUCGCCCUCGUCGGGCAAUCUCUUUCGCUACGGGGCAGGACGACCGUCCGAGCCCUGGUCACCCUACAGCCUCUCCCCAGUCAGUGCCAAGAGCCACAAGCUGCUCAGCUCUCCUCGCAAGCAGGCACGCAAGAUCUCCAAGAUCCCGUUCAAGGUACUGGAUGCGCCCGAGCUCCAGGAUGACUUCUAUCUGAACCUGGUGGACUGGUCAUCAACCAACGUGCUCAGCGUGGGGCUGGGUGCAUGUGUCUACCUCUGGAGUGCUUGCACAUCACAGGUGACACGCCUGUGUGACCUGUCUGGCGAAGGCGAUUCUGUGACCUCGGUCGCAUGGGCUGAGCGCGGCCAUUUGGUGGCUGUUGGCACCCACAAGGGCCUCGUCCAGGUCUGGGAUGUGGCUGCCUCAAAGCAGACAGCACUGCUUCAGGGCCACUCUGCACGUGUGGGUGCACUGGCAUGGAACGGAGAUGUGCUGUCAUCGGGCUCGCGAGACCGCUUGAUUCUUCAGCGGGACGCCCGGACACCUUCAGGAGGUGCACCUGAGCGGCGACUGCAGGGCCACAGGCAGGAAGUAUGCGGCCUCAAGUGGUCGCCCGACAAUCAGCACCUGGCAUCGGGUGGCAACGACAACAAGCUGCUGGUGUGGAACCUGAGCAGCAGCACCCCCGUACAGAGCUACACGGAGCACGUGGCGGCCGUCAAGGCGAUCGCCUGGUCCCCGCACCAGCACGGCCUGCUUGCCAGCGGUGGGGGUACCGCUGACCGCUGCAUCCGUUUCUGGAACACCCUCACAGGACAGCCAAUGCAGUGUGUGGACACUGGUUCACAGGUGUGCAACUUGGCAUGGUCCAAACAUGCAUCAGAGCUCGUCAGCACGCACGGCUAUUCCCAGAACCAGAUCCUCGUCUGGAAGUACCCGUCGCUGGCCCAAGUUGCCAAGCUGACCGGUCACUCCUACCGAGUGCUCUACCUUGCCGUCUCCCCCGAUGGCGAGAGCGUUGUCACUGGUGCAGGCGAUGAGACGCUACGGUUCUGGAAUGUGUUCAGCAAAGCUCGGUCACAGCGUGAAGCACGGUCAGCACUUAGUCUCUUUGCAAGCAUACGCUGAGAGGUCUGAUACGUGGAGUGUGAAUGUAAAACGAUUGUGCAUGAAUGCCUAAGGAAGGCGGGGAGAUCCGUGUACAAAGUCUGCAGGCCCUUAUGGUGGGGACCGCUGCAGACUGAUAACCGGUCCUCGAAUUCAGCGAACACUGCUGCGAAGCUCGGCUUCGUGAAAGGGUUGUUCAUGGUCCUUGCGAACAGCCCUGUGUAAACUUAUUGAAGGAUGUGGCUUAUCUGCGCAGGGAACGCAAAUGUCACGCCAAGUCUGCCGUCAAAUGUGCUGCGAGCUGUCAUAAUUUGUUUGGAAAACUGAUUUUAUUUAUUUUUCAUUUUUAUUGACUGCUAAAAAAUUGUGCUUGCUGUACAUACCGCCUACUGCUAACCAGUAAGUUCAACUAUGCAGGUGUUGCGCUGGAUUACCGCACUGUGACUGGUCUAGCUUUCUAUUUAUCCUGGUGCACACACAUCCCUCUCUGACUGCAUUGAUUUCACUGCUCACACAAUGGGAACUGUUUUAAGUUAAGAGUGCUUGUUUACCUCUAGUUACCUUGUAACAUUUUAGUUAUUAUGCCCCAUAGCAUUUUAUUGAAGCUUCAGAAACUGCUUCAGUAAGUGAGCUGACCACCGAGUUGGUUAGUGCCAGCUGUACACUAUGAAGGCAGUGCUUCAUGUUUCAAAUGUCAUGCAAAUUGUUUGGUGUAUGGCCUGCAUAUAUGCAUUCCUUGAAGCAUGUAUGCACACUAGGCAGCCUAAUAGUUGCCAUUAGUAACCUGCAUGGCAGACAGAUGUGCAUUGUCAUCUGUGGCAACUACCGUAGCAUGGUCCAUGCUUCAGGCAGAGCUGUAAUUAGGCUGCAUUUAAAGAUAGUUCUUUUUUUCUGCAUUGGCCUACAGGGCUUAUAAGCUUGAGUAAAUUCAAUUCAAUUGAGUUUAAUUUAAAUUGUCAUAUACAGUAUACUUUUCCAUACACCUUCAGAAUGCUUGCAUUUCAGUCUGCAGCCAGUUACACCCAAUUCUUGCACUGCAUUUGACAACCUGGUUUCUGUCUACGCAAACCUUUUAUUUUGUUUUUACCUGCCCUAAGCAGGGCAGAAGAGAGCAUCGCAUGUUUUAUUCAUGCCAAAUAAGAACUGUUUGCCUUGUGUUGUUGUUUUGGUUUGUCUGCUUGAAGGACAGUUGCGAGCCAUGAAAAUGAGCAUUCUCACAGUAGAACUGUGUUAUGGAUGCGAUGCCUUUUUGUCGGCAUGUCGGGCCUUGCCCUUUCCAGUACAGCUAGAAUCUGUUGUGCCCUAUUGGGAAAAGUGGCUGCUUUGACGCAUAAUGCGGAUACCUAUUAAUCAAGGACUGGGCUACAGAUGUGCAUUCCAAAUUUCAGAAUUAUCUAUCAGCGUUUGAAUAUUAGCAAGGUGGUUAACUCAGAUGUUAUGACCCUGUGUGUGAUGCACAACCAAUGUGCAAGUAGUCAAAUUGCUGUACUGGGGGAAGUCAAUAUUUUCAGCUUUUUUUUUUUUUUUUUUCUUUUCAAGAUGCUGGUACCACUGAUAAAUUUACCACCACUGGCUGUAUCAAAAUACUUAGUUCAUUCAUAACUUAUACUUUAUGUUGUCAAGCAAGUGAUGGCGUGAAUGCAGUGUAGAGCAUCAAAGUGUAGAAAGACAGGUGUGUGGUUACAGAAAGAGGUACAAACAAGGACCUGUUUUUAGUACCACACUUCACGGCUUUGCGCUGCAUUCACACCAUCAACUUUGACCAACUCGGCCAAAUCACUAUCCUAAUGUCAAGCAAGAAAAUAUUGGCAGUGGUGUUCUGCCGCAGUGUUACGGGCGUAAAUUUUUUUAGAUGAACUGGCAGGUGUGCUUACUAAAUUGAUGUCUACGAUUAAAAGCAAAUAUGGCCUAUUGACGCAGAUGUGUGCCCAUCUUUUGCCUUUUUCAGCCAAUGGUUUUGCUAGCUCAGCAUGGAUAUUCUUUGUUGUUCUCAUACUGUAUGUAUGAUGAAGAUAUGCUCAUUGCGUUUAACAGUGAGCCUAAGUUAUUUAAUUGUCACGAAGGAAAUGCAAACAUGAGCAUUGACAAAAGCAGAGGAGGCAAGCAGGCCUUCAAAUUGAAUGAAAGUACAACCCAGUGUGAUUACUUUGUAUGUAACACAUGCAAUUGACUGCUGUAAAUGUUGAGUCAUGAUAGGAGCUUAACGGUAUUGCAUUGUGGAAAUGACCGAUGCAGCCAUGAUAAGGGAUAUGACUUUUUUGCUUUUUGGUGUCUGGCACUCAACGCUGAUAGUGUUAGUGAAGUGGCAUCGUGUUUCAUUUGUUUUGCACAAAGGGCUUUUGGAAGAACUGCUUGCACUGGUGAGGAAAUGAUGCCUAAUAAAAUAACACUGAACCUUUGCAA